UUCUUUUAUCCGGUUGAUAGGUCUCCAUCCAUCCAUCGCGAAUACCUACUAGCUCACUCCCGAUUCCUCAUCCAUCGCCGGGAUGGAAUUCGAAGCGGUGAGACCCAAGUACUCUCCGCCGCUCCAAUCGCUACACCUUCUCCAGGUUCAUGUGUUUUUCAGGCAUGGCGAUCGAUCGCCCACGCCGGCUUUUGGGAAUUCCAACCCGGAGGUGUGGAGCAGCAGGCUCGAGGCAGUGCCACCGCUGCUCCAGCCCCAGAACUACCAGUACCAAGAGCGCCCCUUCGGACACCUCACGAGGAAAGGAGCCGAGCAAGCGAGAGGGCUGGGAGCUUGGAUCAAGGACGCAUAUCUGGAGGAGCUCGGCGUUGAUACCAGCCAGCCGGAUUCUUUUUUGCGGGUGCGCUCAACCAACUUUCUAAGAACACACAUGACGGCUUGGUUUGUGCUUGAAGCGCUCCUCGGCUCGGGCGAGCUAGCAGCGUCGGUUCCAAUCUGCAUCUCCGAGGAUCGUCUGGAAAACUUGUAUCACAACGAUCACUGUGCACGCUUGGCCAAGCUCUGGAGAGCCUCUUUGAGCAGAAAAAGGCAAGCUGAGGUUCGUCCCGAUGGUACUGUGCAAGAAACUGGAUGGUGUGACCAGUUUGAGGACAUUCGUUUUUCCUUCUCUAAGCACCUGGAUUUACCUCAAGGAAAGAGAUUUCCAUGGGUUCUGGCUGCUGAUGUUGUUCACUGCGCACUAGCUCACGGAGAUCCUGUCCCGGAUAAUUUUACAGUCGAGAAACUAUGCGAGAUUCGAGAUUUCCUUGCUCAAGAUUACGUGAGCUCAUUUCAGGACAAAGAAAUCUGCGAGCUCUCAAUGGGAAGAUUGCUCCGAGAAGUCGUGAGUUCUAUGGAGAACCACAGAGACACACCCUCAUUGUAUUUAUAUUCUGGCCACGAUGCAACUCUCGUGCCACUCUCUGUUGCCUUGGGUCGACCAUGGCAAAGCUGGCCAUCUUACGCAGCAUCCAUUUCCAUCGAGCUAUGGCGCUCCUUGGAAGAUAGCAACCAGCAUUUCGUCCGUGUUCUCUACGAUGGCGUUGCGGUUCCCUUGCCUGUGGAGUUGGAAGGCAUCGAACAAACUUGGAAGCCCGAGCAGCAAAACAUAAUCAAGUCGAGCAAGAAAACCCUGUUUACGCUCCAGGAAUUUGUCAAGCUCGCUGGCUGGACGAUGCUCAGCGAUGCCGAGUUCCAGAACAAGUGCCAGUGCAUCUGAGAACAAGUUCAUUCGAAUUCUUUCCAAGGACAAAGUUGGAAGAAAAUAAAACAGAGCAUUUUUUACCA